AUGUCGGUAUUAGAAUCUAUGGUAGAAGCGAUUGAUGAACAGAAUGUAGCAAUAAAAAAUUUUGAGUCAGAAUAUGAGGAUUUUAAAAAUGAAUUAAAAACUCUUCAAGAUUAUAAAAAUAAGUUAAUAAAUAAAAAACUCGGAUUAAAACAGGAUAUAAUUCAAGCUAAUAAACUUAUUGAAGAUGCAAAAAAUUAUUAUACUGAGGAUGAUUUGAAUCGUUUUUCUAAGAUAUAUGAUUCUCUUUUACAUACUCAUCAAUGGCAACCUGUUGAAUUAAAGAAAGAUCUUGUUAUUAUGAAUUGCAAGAAUUUGGAAGUGAAAUUAAACUUUGACAUAAAUGAGAACAAAAUAUUAUCUCUGGAAUUAUCAAAUUUAAUUAGUAAUGAUAUGAACAAUGAAGAGAAGAAAUAUUGUGUCAAGGAUCUUGCAAGAAAUUAA